CACAAAGGGUAAAUCAGUAACAAACUCAGAAUACCUCCUUCAUCACUCUCUCAGGCUCUCUCUCUGCAGCCAAAGUCUUCUCUUUGUGAAGUCUCGAUUUGACUCCAAAUCUCUCACAGAACCACCACACAUACACAGGUCGUUAAUGGCGGUUCCCGUAGAUAGUCUCGCAAAACCACCGCCUGCAUCGUCAACUCUACGGUUCGCGUUUGGAAAUGUUCUCGCGUUCUUCAUUCUGUUGUUGAUCGGAGUGCUUGCGUUCUCGAUCCGUCUUUUUUCGGUUAUUAAGUAUGAGAGUGUAAUUCAUGAAUUCGAUCCGUAUUUCAAUUACAGAGUCACUCAGUUCCUUACAAAGAAUGGGAUAUAUGACUUCUGGAAUUGGUUUGAUGAUCGUACCUGGUAUCCUCUUGGACGAGUCAUUGGUGGAACCGUUUACCCUGGGUUGACUUUGACUGCUGGAACAAUAUGGAAGGUGCUUCAAUCCUUGAAUAUUCCCUUGUCUGUGGAAACUGUGUGUGUAUUUACUGCCCCCGUAUUCUCUGCCUUUGCUGCAUGGGCUGCAUAUCUUUUGACUAAGGAAGUUAAGGGAACGGGUGCUGGACUGACUGCUGCGGUUCUUCUUGCCAUGGUGCCAUCCUACAUAUCUAGAUCAGUGGCUGGGAGCUAUGACAAUGAAGCUGUUGCUAUCUUUGCUUUAAUCUUUACCUUCUACCUGUACGUCAAGACUUUGAACACAGGAUCCCUAUUCUAUGCAACAUUAAACUCCAUUGCAUACUUCUACAUGGUCUGCUCUUGGGGAGGGUAUACUUUUAUCAUUAAUCUCAUACCGAUGCAUGUGCUUCUUUGCAUUGUGACUGGUCGCUAUUCCUCUCGGUUAUACAUUGCCUAUGCUCCGCUUGUUGUCUUGGGAACCUUAUUGGCAGCGUUGGUGCCUGUUGUUGGUUUUAAUGCGGUCAUGACAUCUGAACAUUUUGCUUCAUUCUUGGUUUUCAUAGUUAUCCAUGUGGUGGCUCUUGCAUAUUAUAUCAAAGGGAUACUCUCACCAAAGAUGUUUAAAGUAGCUGCUACACUUGUAGUAUCUGUUGGCCUGGUUGUAGGCUGUGCCGUUGUAGCCGUACUAGUAGCAGUAGUUGCAUCUAGUCCUACAAAGGGAUGGAGUGGACGAAGUUUGAGUCUUCUUGAUCCAACUUAUGCAAGCAAGUACAUACCAAUCAUUGCAAGUGUUAGCGAACAUCAACCACCUACAUGGCCUUCUUACUUUAUGGAUCUUAAUGUUUUAGCAUUCUUGGUCCCUGCAGGAAUUAUCGCAUGCUUUAGCCCACUAUCUGAUGCAAGCUCCUUUGUCAUCCUGUACUUAGUAAUGUCAGUUUACUUUUCUGGUGUCAUGGUACGGUUAAUGCUUGUGCUUGCUCCCGCUGCAUGCAUAAUGUCUGGAAUUGCACUUUCUGAAGCUUUUGAUGUUUUCACAAGAUCCAUUAAAUUUUACAUAACUAACCUAUCCGAGUCCCUCCAGAUUGAUGCAGGGGAUGCUGUACCUGGUAAUGGUGUUUCACCGCAAAAUGAUGUGUUGAAAAAUGACAAAAAAGAAGACACGUUGAAAGAACGACCUUCUAGAAAAAACAAGAAGAAAGAAAAAGAGACUAUAGAAAAGCCAUCUGUCAAGUCUAAAGCUGAAAAAAAGCCACUGGUUUUGCCUGUCGAAGCAUCCUUCUUUGCUCUUUUCUUGACGGUGUUGUUGGGCGGUUUCUAUGUGGUCCAUAGUGUUUGGGCUGCUGCAGAGGCUUAUUCAGCUCCUUCAAUUGUGCUUACUUCUCAUUCCCAUGACGGACUUCAUGUUUUUGAUGAUUUUAGAGAGGCCUAUGCAUGGUUAAGUCAUAACACUGAAGUAGAUGACAAAGUUGCAUCAUGGUGGGACUACGGUUACCAAACAACUGCAAUGGCGAACCGUACAGUCAUUGUUGAUAAUAACACGUGGAACAACACACAUAUUGCUACUGUUGGUACCGCUAUGUCAUCACCCGAAAAGGCUGCUUGGGAAAUUUUCAACUCCUUGGAUGUGAAAUACGUUCUUGUCGUGUUUGGAGGUCUUGUGGGCUACCCAAGUGAUGACAUAAAUAAAUUUUUAUGGAUGGUGCGUAUUGGAGGUGGUGUGUUCCCGCAUAUCAAGGAGCCUGAUUAUUUGAGAGACGGUCAAUACCGAAUUGACUCUCAGGCCACUCCAACCAUGCUUAACAGUCUCAUGUAUAAACUAUCCUAUUUCAGGUUUGUAGAAACUGAUGGUGGUAAAGGAUACGAUCGAGUAAGAAGGACCGAAAUUGGAAAGAAACAUUUUAAAUUAACUCAUUUUGAGGAGGUAUUCACAACUCACCAUUGGAUGGUCCGGAUAUAUAAAUUAAAACCUCAAAAGAACAGGAUCAGAGGGAAGACAAAGAAGUCCAAAUCGAAAACAAGCUCCACCACACCCAGAAGUGGAACAACGAAGAAAAAUCCAUGGCAUUAGAACUUAAUAUUAGAUGUAAUACAGUUAUUAUUUGUAGAAACGACUGCGAGCAACAAAAGAUUUUGUAGCGAAUUAUAACCGUGGCAGGAUUUUUUUUAAACCACAGUAAAAGAAAUGUGUAGCUCAGACAUUUUCUAUUUCUUUAACAUGAUAUCAUCCUUCUCUUU